AUGGCCACCGACGGCAACAAGCACCCGAGCAGCGACCCCGCUGUUUACCUAGAGUAUGAAUCAAAGUGGGCAGCUCUGCCGACCGACGAAGAAGGCUGGCUGCAGCGAGCCAGAGACGUGGCCGCCGUCCUCGCACAGGAUGCCGCAGAGCGCGACAAGGCCAACAAGUCGCCCAGAGCCGAGGUCGCCCUCCUCAAGCACUCGGGGCUGACCAAGAUCCUGGGGCCAAAGCAGUAUGGCGGCGGCGACCAGCCCUGGAGCGUAGCGUUCAAGGCCAUCCGCGAAGUUGCCAAGGGGGACGGGUCCAUCGGCAUGAUUCUCGGCUACCACCUGCUCUGGUCGCGGACCGCCAACGUGGUCGGCUCGCCCGAGCAGGCGGACCGGCUGCAGCAGCUUAUCAUCUCGAACAACUAUUUCGUCGGUGGCGCAGUGAACCCGCGCGACAGCGACCUGACCAUCACGCUGGGCGACGCCGGGUUCACGUUCAACGGCGCCAAGCACUUCAACACGGGCGGCGUGGUCUCGGACCUGACGGUGCUCGAAGGUGCCGUGGCUGGCCGGCCCGAGGAGCACAUCUUCGCCGUCGUGCCCACGGUCCAGCCCGGCAUCGUCUUCGCGCACAACUGGGACAACAUUGGCCUGCGGCUGACCGAGUCGGGCAGCGUCAGCAUCAACGACGUCUCGGCGCCCUGGGCCGACGCCCUCGGCUGGGACCCCGAGCUCAAGAAGCCCGACCCGGCCGUGCUGGGCAUCAACUACGGCUCGCUGCUGCUUCCCACAAUCCAGAACGUGUUCGUCAACUUCUACCUCGGCAUCGCGCAGGGCGCCCUCGACACCGCGGCGAAGUACACAGUUGCCAACACACGGGCCUGGCCGUACGGCGGCGAUAACAAAGAAAAAGCCACCGACGAGUUCUACAUCCUCUCCACCUAUGGCAACUUCCUCGCGCACCUGCGCGCGGCCGAAGCGCUCGUCGACCGGGCCGGCCUCGAAGCCGACAAGCUGUACAGCCAAUACUCCGACGCCCACCAAAACCGCGCAUCACUCACAGCGCGCGAGCGCGGCGAGUACGCCGAGUGGGUGGCCAGCGCGAAAGUCGUCACGACGGACACGGGGCUGCGCGUCGCGGCCGGCGUGUUCGAGGUCGCCGGGUCCCGGGCCACGGCGUCCAAGGCAGGGCUCGACCGUUUCUGGCGCGACCUGCGCACGCAUACCCUGCACGACCCUGUUGCGUACAAAAACCGCGAGCUUGGGAGAUUUUUGCUGCUGGAUGAGGUCCCGGAGCCGACGUGGUAUACGUGA